UGUAACUGAAACGUAACAAAAAAAAAUGUAGCUGUGUCAAGAACCGUAUCAAGUAUAUGGUAAGGUGCACCGAGUGACGAAACAAUGGCGUGUGCUAUUUUUGAUGAGUUUAGUUAGAUAUCCAGUUAAAAAAGGCACAUGUUAGGCAAAGGCAAGCAACUGAUCAUGAUUGGAAAUACUGUGCUCAAAACAGGCAUAUAGAGCUUUCAUCCCGCCCUGGAUUUUGCCAUUUCGACGAGGAAAUUAAAGCCUUGAUCUUAGUGCGGUCUUCAUUUUUCUCGCCGAGCUGUUGGAUGCUAGAUGAGGCAAGCAACCACUGGGACUGAUCAGGCUGCCAAGAACUGCACUUAAAUGCCCACCUCAGACUUGCCAUGAUGCUCUGAAAUGUUUGACAUGUCAAAACAAAAUGAAUGGAGUACCAGCUUUGCCCAGUCACUGAUCAAGAUCCAUUGGGUUCUUUUUUCACACGGGUCCUCCAGCUCCCUAUGUAGAUCAGCAGCAGAAUAUGGCCACAGGAAUCAACAACUUUCUACAAUGCUUUGGUUAUGCCAUUAUUGUAGUCAUGUUUAUGUGUUCUCUUGGUCACUCCGAUCAGUCACCAGGAUGUCGCAAAGAUUGUAACUGCACGUCCACUCCAUUAGAAGUUGGAAAUUCUGAAUUGGUCGGAAAGUGCAUUUGUCCAGAGUAUGGGAUCUUCCUCGACAGCAUGCUCCAGGAUAUUGUUGAACUCGAUAUUGUCUUCUCGCAACCGGUCGUGAUAAGAGCGGGGAAUAUCCAGAGGUUCCACCGGAUAUGGUUCCUGACCAUAUCUGGUAUGCAGUUUGUGGAGCCCGGUGGCUUUCAAGGGUUGGAGACCUUAGAGAGAUUAGUCCUCUAUGACAAUUACAUGCGAGUCUUAGGAACUAACAUGUUUACUGGUCUUCGGCGUUUGACGAAGCUUGUAGCCGAAGGUACGACUAGGAAUACAAUCCACGCUCUGGAAAAUGGUACCUUUUGUGAUUUGACUUAUUUGAAACAUCUUGACCUAAAAGCCAAUGCAAUUACACAACUCAAUCCAGAACAUUUUCGAGACCUAGAUAUUCUGGAUAUCUUUGAUAUUUCUGGUAACAGAUUGACAAAAAUCAAAGCCAAUACUUUCGAAAAUUCACCAUUGUUGACGGAAAUAAAACUGUCUAAAAAUCAGAUUACAGAAAUACAUCGAAAUGCAUUCGUCGGUUUGAUGAGAUUGAACAAACUUGAUUUAGAUGGUAACCUAAUCAAGGGGAUGCCACAGCCAAGGUUUCUGCUAGGUUCACUUCAGUUGCCAACAGAUUCCCAUUUCAAGCGUGUUGCUAUUUCUCUAGAUGACAACCCGUUACGCUGUGACUGUCAUCUUAACUGGAUAUCGUUGUGGCUAGACAAUUCUCAGAUAUGCAAUGGAUUUUGCGAUUCACCAAGCCGGCUCGAACACAAGUCUCUUCAUGACGUUUACAAGGAUAACCUCUCACAGUGUCUACCAAACAACACUGUCCGGUCGGUGGAGUCAGGGAAGCAGCUGGAACUUACCUGUUCCUUUGUCGGCGCUUCAUGGGUGAUCCCUGAUGGGCGACACUUCCAGGAACAUGGCGCAUGCGACGAUCCCUUUUAUUUGACGAACAGAGACUCGCUUGUUAUCUGGAAGACCUCCCCUGAGCAUUCUGGUAAUUACUUUUGUUUUUCUUCAGAUGGUGACCAGGCGUUCUUAUACCAGGUAAAUGUGACGGAAUCUGGAAUUUAUUUUACAACUGCGGAAUGGGCAGGCAUUUUCGGAGCACCAGGCGCGUUUGUAUUAGGCAUUUUAGUCAUGUCCAUGAUUCUUCUUUUGAAAAAUAAGUGUCAGCAACGCAGUAAUGGAAACGGACACUUUCCCCUUAAUAAUGACACCGAAGGUAAUAGUGAUAAUCUUCUCGGACCCCAAGGAGGGAAUCUAGAUCCAAUGGACGUAAAUCCCUCGGGUAUUCCACAAAAUAGUGAAGAUUUUAGAAACAUUUUUCGUAAGACAUAUUCCCUGGAUCCUAAAGUUAAGAAAAUUAGCAUAAGCAUCUGAGUAAUAUUCUACAGUGGUUAUUAAUCGCCUUAUUGGUUCCAGGCAUGUUUGGAAACGUUGUGACUUGUGGGAUCUGUCAUAUGGUACCAGGAAGGUUUGGUGAGCUGUACAUUGUCUUAUAUCGAUAUCUGUGUACAGCCAUGGUCAUACACAGUGGGGGUCGACGGCUCUGUCAGCAAGGUAAUUCCACCACCCACGAAAUUCCUAAGCCUACCUGGUGUUUAAGAUGUUCACUCAAAUCCACCAAAAAUGUCCCGUUUCAAAAAGCGUGUUAUAAUAACAAAAUUGCAGUAACAGUUUAAACCUACUGAAAUCCUGCAAUUUGAUUGGUUGAUUUAAAAUUUAUCAUAGAAAUUUUGCACAUGUUACUGCAAUAAGUCUUUAUGAAACUGGACCGAGAUCCUUAUUUAGGCCUACAUUCCAUAAAAUUGCGACCCAUGAAAGAUGAGUGUAGAAGAUUGACAAUUGGCAAGGUUUUAUUUUCAAACCAGUUUCCAAGGUCAUGCAGCGAAAAUCCUAAAAGAAUUAUCCUGGAAGACCUGACACAAAGCUCCCAUAAAGAUCAUUGGAAGACCAUUGAGGAAACUGAAAGUUUACGGUUGAUCUUGAGGUAAGGACUAACUAGACUAUUAAAAGAACUCUGAAAUAGCAACCGACUCACCACGUGUAUAUUUAAGGUCUGAUAGAUCUGAUGCAUUUCUGAUGUCUAUUUCGAAGAAUGAAAUAUGGAUAUACUUCUUGUUUUGUUGAACUCCCACUAGUCCUAUAAAUCCUUCACGGCAUUUGGGGGAUCUUUCCCGAAAAAAAAUCUUUACGCGAUAUCUGUGGAGGUCUUUCACUGACAUAAAAGGGUCACUUUCAAGUGAGAAACCAUUAGAAUAUGGUAUACCGCAAGGGUCAAUUAUCGGGCCUCAGUUGUUUACAUACUACAUCGGUUUAUAUUGGGGACAUCAUCAGUCGGCCCUCAUUCGGUAUCAUGUUUGUGCCGAUGACAUUCAGAUGUUCACCACUUUUGAUCCUACCAAGCCUGGAGAUGCAGCCUGCGCGUAUUUUCGGAUUUCUUUGUUACUGAAUCUCCUGCACACCCUGAUAAUCGGUUCCCUGACUUUCCUUUUUUCUUUUACUGGCAUAGAUAUUCCAAUAUCUUCAACCAUUAAGGAUUUAGGAGUUGUUUUUCAUAGUGAAAUGAAAAUGACUGAACAUGUGACAUACUUGUGUCGUACUCUCAACUGGCAAAUAUAUCUCAAUCGCAUUAGAAGUUUUCUGGAUAAGGACGCAUGUCAUCAUGGGUGUCGAUUGGUAUUCUUGGUUGGCA